CCGUUCGUUUUUAUAAUUCGUUUCAAGCCCGAGCAGAUAUGUAAUUAAUGAUAAGCCAACGAUUAGCGUACCGUACAUACCUCCUAUAUAUAUGUGCUGUCUUCGUUAUCGUAUCGUCAAAUUUUGAUAAUUUUAAUAUCGACUCGCUACCACUUUUAUGCCUUUAACAAACCCCAAGACAAUCCUCAGCUUCAGCACAAUAGUACGACAUAUACAACCUAUUUAUUUUUAAUCACUUUUCCUUCUUCCAUGUCAGCAUGUCGCCAAACAUGGAAGUGGACCGUAAUGAAGACGAGAGUCAACCCCCCGAAGCUCUCAUGCCGUCUUCCGCUGAGCUAUUGCCGCCUUCUUCGGGCAGAACUCUCCUACCUAGUCCGAUAGCGAGCGCCGUUAGCUUUGCUACGCGAUCAACAUCCUUUGCUCUCCGCGUUGGUACUUUUAUCGGCGGCUAUGGUUUAGGCGCCGCAAAGUUCACGACACUUUCCAGCUUAGAGCUCGGUCGCGGCAUUCUGGAGGGGAUAUUGAGUAGAGCCGGGAGGGACGUAAUGACAAGGGCCCAGUCCGAGUUGGGUAGAACAGAUGCCGAAUCUAUCCUGGAAAGCAGUCUGGAAAGUUUACACCAGACAAUGUCCCAAAUCGUCUUCUGGACUGCGACUAGUUUUCACGUCACCGGUACCACCGUAUCGAUCGCUUCUCAAAUCUCUCAGUUGUUUCUGUCUGUUUUAGAUCAAUUCUUCGGCUCCACCGAUUCCUCUAGAGCUAUUGCAAGCAUCAUCACUUUAAUCCGUCGGGAAUUUCAGAAUCCCGCUACGGGUGUACAGGGGGAAAAAGUGGGAGUAAUGGACCUUAUACUCGGUUUAUGCGGCCUUGCAUAUCUACAAAAUUGGUGUAGAAAAAUGAUACAAGACGAGUCGCGUCGCCUUGGUCAAGAAGAGAUUAUUUGGGAUGUUGUCCUCCUCGACGAUGGCGAACGAGUUGACAUUGACGGCGAAGACCUGCAUAUCAAUAAACAUAACGGAGACCCCGAUGUAGACGACCAUGAAAACUUGAUCGAAGCAGUCGAGCAGCACGGUAUCAAGCGGAAUAAUGACGACGAGGAUGAAAUGCCCGAAGGCCAACUCAAGCGACACAUUUUAAGAUCACUUCCCAAAGAUGCUCAAGUAUCUAUUACUACGUCAACAACCACGACAAAGAUGAUCACUGUUGAUAUAAAAGGCAGUCCGCGAGUACCAAUUUUAUCCCUACCUGGGGUUGAUUUUGUAAAAAGCGAAGUUGAUAGCUCUGGAGAUCCCACCGGGAGUCAAGAGACGGUACCCAGCUACAGGGUUGUUUAUAAGAUAAGCCGAGAUAAAGUGAGAAAUAUGGCCAUAGAUAGCGACGUCGAGGAUGAUACUCAGUCCAGGGUCGAAGUGGUUGACGAUGAAGAGCUGCGGUCGCCCAAUAGUAUAGAUACUCAUCAGUCCGACCAGCCCCCUCCUGUCCCACCAAAAGCUGCACGUUCAACUUUAGCUUCGUCGAUGAAGGGAAAGGGCAAUGCUAGAAGUGACAAUUUGGACUAUCAAUAUAAGUCUACUUCCAGUAACUCGGUCGGGUCGAGUUUCGAUUCGCCCAAGGGUCGUGCAUCCCCAACCGUUUCUUCUAAGCAGGGUCCUGAGCAUGCCGCGAAUCAGAAACGUACCAGAAAGCCAUUAGAUGAUACUCGACAAAGUCCUCACAGCGCCCUCCCUGUUCCGACUUCGCCAACUAGUAGUAAAUAUCCAACCAAGAAACUUAGCUCGCCACCAAACUUGAAGGGUAAUGAAAAGAGGAGUGGUAUUCGAGAUGUGCUUAGGAAGGGCUCGGUUUUAUUGAACAGGGACUCGAGCUCGGAGAAUCUUCAAACAAAUAACAAAUCAAAAGCAAUAGUGAAACCUCCUUGGGGUAGCAACAAGCCUUCACAAAGUAGUAAGGCGCCAGUAUCACAUAGAAGAGACUAUCCAGAAAGGAGCUCAAAUCUGAUACCACAUCGCGAGCUUCCUCGAUCACCACGCCGAGGGAGCCCGAACCACUUUUCCUCAAGAGACCUAGGCGAUGGUGAGGGUACCUCCGCUUUGCACGGAUCACCAUUGCGAGCAACAUACGUAUCGUCACAAGGCAGGAGGCGUAACUCGAUUGUUUCUUUAGCUGAUACCUUCUCGGUACACUCAUUUGAAAGCCGACCAUCGUCUCCUUUAUUUCAACGAAACGAUCCCAGAGGUCAUAAUAGUAUAUCGGGACAUGAUAUGGGUACGCAACAUCUUCGCUCGCCAUCAAGGGGUCAUAAAAGGACGACGUCAGAACAUCGUGGUUUUCACAGCCCAAGCAUAUAUACUCUCAAGACUAGAGAUUCUCAAAUGUCCUUAGCCUUAUCCACGUUCCAGCAGAGAAGCGCAUACAGCAAUUCAGAAGCUGUCGAUACUCUGCGGCGUACGGGAACAGUUGAGGGAAUGUUCCCCAACUUUCAUAUCCUAAGAAACAUUACCCGAUAUAGUCGUUAUGCAUCUGCUUCGUAUGGGUCACACUUUUUAAAAAUGAUGGGCAUCGCAAAAGAGCUUCCCAUCUUAAAAGCGUUGGACGAAACGCAUCAAGAUGUGCGCUCGUUCGCGCAUCAUACCGAGCUCCCGCCGGACAGCAUUCUCCUGUCGUCAUUUAUUGACCCACAAGGCGGAUCUGAUUCCACUGGGUCUACAGACACAGGGGUGCCUCUCGUGCAUACCAUUGCAAUCGAUGAAGAGUCCAAGGCUGUUGUCUUGUCGUGCCGCGGUACGUUGGGGUUUGAAGAUGUUUUAGCAGAUAUGAUGUGCGAGUACGAUGACAUGUUCUGGCGUGGGAAGCCGUAUAAAGUCCACAAGGGUAUCCAUGCGUCUGCGCGGCGACUUCUAUAUGGGGGUGAUGGAAGGGUACUCGCAACACUGAAAGAAGCUCUUGAGGAGUUUUCAGACUAUGGUUUGGUGCUUUGUGGUCAUUCACUUGGUGGUGCCGUAACCGCGCUGCUUGGGGCUAUGCUUGCUGAGCCUGCUUCCAGUGGAACAGCAUUUGUCACUUCAGCUGAACCUCAUCAGAGACUACUUGCAAGUGGGCAGUCCCAGCAAACCGCCUCCCAUAUAUGUCUCCCGCCCGGUAGGCCUAUUCAUGUAUAUGCAUAUGGCCCACCUUCUACCAUGUCCCCAUCCUUACAAAAAGCGACAAGGGGUUUGAUUACUAGUACGGUACACGGAAAUGACCUUGUUCCAUACUUGUCGCUUGGUGUCCUGCACGACUUCCAGGCUGUGGCGCUGGCAUUCAAGACUGACAAUAGCGAGGCGAAGGCAGAAGUGCGGCGGCGAAUCUGGGAGGGACUACAGUCGGGUCUAGCUAGUAAAUGGUACAACAACGGUUCGACGCGGUCGCACGAAGAAGAAGAUAAAUGGGCAUACGCUGCGCUUAAGACGUUACGCGCCAGUAUGAUGAGUUCUAAGCUACUACCUCCCGGUGAGGUCUUCUCUAUUGAGAGCACGCCAGCCCUUAGAAGAGACGCUUUCUUGCAAGCUGGCACUGAUCAGGUCGGGCGACCUGCAACUCGAGUCGUGUUUAAAUAUAUCAGAGAUGUGGAGGCUCGGUUUAGAGAAGUUAGAUUUGGUUCUAGCAUGUUGCUAGAUCACAGCCCUGGACGGUAUGAAGGUGCUCUUCGCCGGCUCACAUUGGGUGUUAUGGAUGGAUGAAACGACUGGUUAGUUAAAGUGAGCAUGUAAGAUACCUCCUGGAUUAGAUAAAGACGGUACCACAUCUUAUGUGCCAAGGUAGAAAUAACUUAUGUUAAAUAUAUACGCAACA